AUGGCCCCUUCAAACUUGGAUUACCAGACCAUCGGAGGCGACUCCGCGGACGCCAAGGAGAUUUACACGCACAAGAAAUUUAAGACGUCCAACUAUACGCACAAAAAGUUUGGCAAGAAGAGCAGCAGCGGUACCACCACCACAAGUACAAGCACGCCUCUGUUCCGGCCAUAUGCCUUAAGCGAAAACACACCGCGGAAACGUCGCCAGGAAUCGGAGCGAGAGGUCCAGCAUACUUUGCCUCCCACGCCGCCCACAACUCCACCACAGUUGCAGCAUCCGCACACACAUUCGUACCCGUACCCCCAACCGCAGCAGCCCCAAUAUCUGGCGACUCCCACUGCAACUCCAUCACCUAUGCUAUACGCCUACAUGUUGCAGAAGCAACGAGCCGUACUCCAAAUGCGCCAACUGCUUAGCAUCAAUCCUGAUGCCAGCACCUGGCCAGUGGAAUGGCGUCAGGCCCUACAAGCACUGCUGCAGCAGUGA